AUGAGCACCAUGCGGCUGCUGCUGCUCGCCUUGCUCUUCUCCUCCUCCUUCGCCCGCGCCGGCUGCGACCCCAAGAUCGUCAACAUCGGCGCGGUGCUGAGCACCAAGAAGCACGAGCAGAUCUUCCGCGAGGCGGUGAACCAGGCCAACAAGCGGCACGGCACCUGGAAGCUCCAGCUCAACGCCACCUCGGUCACGCACAAGCCCAACGCCAUCCAGAUGGCCCUCUCCGUCUGCGAGGACCUCAUCUCCAGCCAGGUCUAUGCAAUAUUAGUUAGUCACCCUCCUGCUCCCAACGAUCACCUAACACCAACACCCGUAUCAUACACAGCUGGCUUCUACAGGAUCCCUGUCAUUGGUCUGACAACACGCAUGUCUAUAUAUUCUGAUAAGAGCAUCCACCUGUCCUUUUUGCGCACGGUCCCACCAUACUCUCACCAGGCCAACGUCUGGUUUGAGAUGAUGAGAGUCUUCAACUGGAAUCACGUCAUUCUGAUAGUCAGUGACGACCACGAAGGUCGUGCUGCACAAAAGAAGCUGGAGACCCUCUUGGAGGAGAGAGAGUCCAAGGCUGAGAAAGUGCUUCAGUUUGACCCUGGAACCAAAAACGUGACGUCGCUGCUGCUGGAGGCUAAGGAGCUGGAGGCUCGCGUCAUCAUCCUUUCUGCCAGUGAGGAUGAUGCGGCCACGGUGUACAGAUCAGCAGCCAUGCUCAAUAUGACGGGCUCCGGCUACGUGUGGCUGGUGGGGGAACGGGAGAUAUCGGGCAAUGCCCUGCGUUACGCCCCUGAUGGAGUGAUCGGUUUGCAGCUCAUCAAUGGAAAGAACGAGUCAGCCCACAUCAGUGACGCUGUCGCGGUGGUGGCCCAGGCCGUGCAUGACUUGUUUGAGAAGGAGAAUAUCACAGACCCGCCACGGGGCUGCGUGGGCAACACCAACAUCUGGAAGACGGGACCCCUGUUCAAGAGGGUGUUGAUGUCCUCCAAGUACUCGGAGGGUGUCACCGGACGGGUGGAAUUCAACGAGGACGGGGACAGGAAGUUUGCCAACUACAGCAUCAUGAACCUGCAGAAUCGGAAACUGGUCCAAGUUGGGAUUUACAACGGCAGCCAUGUCUUGACCAACGACCGGAAGAUUAUCUGGCCAGGGGGAGAAACCGAGAAACCUCAAGGCUAUCAGAUGUCGACCAAGUUGAAGAUCGUGACGAUCCACCAAGAGCCCUUUGUGUAUGUGAAGCCCACGCAAGCAGAUGGGACGUGCAGGGAGGAAUUCACCAUCAAUGGAGAUCCUGUGAAAAAGGUCUUUUGCACUGGACCCAACGAGACCAUCCCAGGCCGCCCCACCGUAGCACUGUGCUGCUACGGCUUCUGCAUCGACCUGCUCAUCCGGCUGGCAGGGGUGAUGAACUUCACCUACGAGGUUCACCUGGUGGCUGAUGGUAAAUUUGGUACCCAAGAGCGGGUUAACAACAGCAACAAGAAGGAGUGGAAUGGGAUGAUGGGGGAGCUGCUGAGCGGCCAGGCGGAUAUGAUUGUGGCUCCCCUCACCAUCAACAACGAGCGGGCACAGUACAUUGAGUUCUCCAAGCCCUUCAAGUACCAGGGCCUCACCAUCCUUGUGAAGAAGGAAAUCCCCCGCAGCACCUUGGACUCGUUCAUGCAGCCUUUCCAGAGCACGCUUUGGCUGCUGGUGGGGCUGUCUGUGCACGUGGUGGCAGUGAUGUUGUACCUCUUAGACCGAUUCAGCCCAUUUGGUCGGUUCAAAGUGAACAGCGAGGAGGAGGAGGAAGAUGCCCUGACCCUCUCCUCGGCCAUGUGGUUCUCCUGGGGAGUCCUGCUGAACUCUGGCAUCGGAGAAGGUGCUCCCCGGAGUUUCUCUGCCCGUAUUCUUGGCAUGGUGUGGGCUGGCUUUGCUAUGAUCAUUGUGGCUUCAUACACUGCCAACCUGGCAGCCUUCCUGGUGUUAGACCGGCCUGAGGAGAGAAUUACGGGCAUUAACGACCCCCGGCUGCGCAACCCCUCUGAUAAGUUCAUCUACGCCACGGUGAAGCAGAGCUCAGUGGACAUCUACUUCCGACGGCAGGUGGAGCUGAGCACCAUGUACCGGCAUAUGGAGAAGCACAACUACGAGAGUGCUGCCGAAGCCAUCCAGGCAGUGAGGGACAACAAGCUCCAUGCCUUCAUCUGGGACUCAGCGGUGCUGGAGUUUGAAGCCUCCCAGAAGUGUGACCUGGUGACGACGGGGGAGCUUUUCUUCCGCUCCGGCUUCGGGAUCGGGAUGCGCAAGGACAGCCCGUGGAAGCAGAACGUCUCCCUGGCCAUCCUCAAGUCCCACGAGAACGGCUUCAUGGAGGAUUUGGACAAGACUUGGGUGAGGUAUCAGGAGUGUGAUUCCCGUAGCAAUGCCCCAGCAACACUCACCUUUGAAAAUAUGGCAGGUGUGUUUAUGCUGGUGGCUGGAGGUAUUGUUGCCGGGAUAUUUUUAAUAUUCAUAGAAAUAGCUUACAAAAGGCAUAAGGACGCGCGGAGGAAGCAGAUGCAGCUGGCGUUUGCGGCCGUUAAUGUGUGGAGGAAAAACCUGCAGGAUAGAAAAAGUGGUAGAGCAGAACCUGACCCUAAAAAGAAAGCCACUUUUAGGUCCAUCACCUCCACCCUGGCCUCCAGCUUCAAGAGACGUAGGUCCUCCAAGGAUACGCCCUGCAGAAUGGUCCCUCAGGAGUGCCAGAGAGACAGGCUGGCACCAUGGAGCCAAGACAGCCCUGGGAAGCUACCACCCCACUCUGAACGUCCUAGCGCCCACCAUCACCCGAGCUGCACAGCCUCUCCGCGGCACAUCAUCCCCACCGCCCCAGGAGGAGAUGCAUGUGUUCCCCAUAGGCAGCUCCUGCAACUCGAAUAG